UCAAAGCAUAUUUUCAACACGUUGAAGCGUCUGCUACCAAUGAGCGAGCCCAUAUAGAGGCGAAUCGUGAAACUGUAAACAUUCGAAUUUGAAGAACAAAGGAAAUUAAAUGUUGUACAGAAAACAAGACGGCGCCAGUUGAUUCGGGGAUGUUCGCAAGGAGGGUGUCCCUUGUUAUCUGUGUGUGCGCGGAUCCUAAUGAUAAUUGUCUAUUUCGCAGGUGUAUUCGUUUAUCUUUCAACACAGCUGACCUGCGACAAUCUUUAAAGAAUCUUUUUUCGUCUGCCGAAAUGUUUUCUGCUUCUGGAUGUUCUCUAAUUGGAGCCAUUCGUUAUUUGCACGGAUCCUCUCGCCGGCUCAUGAAGUGGGCCGAGGUGUCCGCUGUACUACGACCAUUCUAUCUGAAGGUUCAUCCCGAUAUGUUCAUGAAAUUUCCUGAUCAACAGAGAACCAAUGAGGAUUCCCUUAAGGAAUUAAAUUCAUAUCUUGAAUCACUAACAAAACAUGAGGUUCCCACAAAAAGGCGGCUAGAAUUUUUUAUGAAGAAGAACGGAUCCGACGAACUAAGCAAACUGAAGAUCAAUCUCCAAGGCAAAGCGCUUUUAGAGACGUUAAGAUACGUUUUAAAGACAGCAGGACUUCCCACUGAUAACGUGUCCGCAACAAAAAUGAAAGUCAUCAUGGAAGAUGAAUUUGGAUACAAGGAGGAAGACAGUUUGCAUUGGACGAUGCACCCUGAUGAUCUUGCGAGUUUUCGGGGUCCCUCAAGGGAUCAAGGCCUAAUGAGUUUUCUUGACGAAAAUGUUGAAGUCGCUAUGGAAAGAACUCGUACAGCCGCUCCUAUUAUUGACGAGAUAUUACGCGUUGAAUCAAUAAUCACGUCGAAGCUGGGCGUGAUAUCUGUGGCAUGGGAAUGUGGCUGGGGUGUUGCUCAUUAUCGCGCCGGUCUUCUCGCACUUUUAAAGCUUUGCGAGCAACAUCCCGAUGUUGCAACAGUCCUUCGGGGCAGAAAAGUUUCUUUCGGCCAGUGGACAGGGGUUUCGCUUGAAGGCCAUAUUGUUUUGUCGGCUGGUGAGGUGAGAGAGAGUUGGUUGAACUUUUUGAAGCGCCUAGACGAACAGCUCAAGUUUGUCGAAUGGGUACCUCACGCGGAGAAACAGCUGUCUUUAGUUCUUCGAGGGAUUCAGGUGUCACAUGAACGCCUUAGCCAUCGAACGGUGGCCUCCAUGUAUCUUGUACAAGUUAACAAGUUAACGAGAUGCUUACAGAGGUGGCUCUGGUUGAAUAGCUAUCCCCCAACCCUGCCAGAAGACCUGGCAGCCUUCACCCUCGUCGUAGAAGGCGACGCCGGACCACUCAUGGUAUCGCCGCAAGGAGAGCUCAUCGCCCCAUCUUCGUGUCCGGCCCAGCUAUUUGUUGACUUCCUCGAACAAAACCUUGCCAGGACAGAACAAAUUAUGCUACGACACUCAAUGAGUAUUCUUGAAGAGGAGGAGCUUCGCGGACAGCUUAUCUGGAAACUUGGUCUGCGCGAGCUAAGCAAAGAUGACACAAUUUCGUCACAUAGAAUGGCAGAUUUCUAUGCUUCGUGCACAACGUGUGGCAUUAAAACGGGGAUACCAAUUAAAAUGCAGCGUCUAAUACAAAGUAUCCGUUAUGCAGCGGCCAUAAACCUUCCCCAUGCUGUCCAAAUAUAUCCGGUGCCGGCAAGUAACUUCGCAAGAAUUCUUUCUUCAGAGGCCGCCAAACAGAAAAAAACAGAGUUCAUUCGCUUGAUUGACGAACAUGGCAAAGGACUGGGAAAAAUGUUGAAACCUGACGCUGAGUCUCUCGCAGCGAAAAAACAUAUGAGCCUGAUACGUGUCGAGGACCAACAGAUAUCUCAAAAGACGCCUCUUUACCAGCUUGUCCUUCCCAAGGCGGCCACCACAAAACUACCAAAACAGAGCCAGAGCAAAAAAAAUGAGCCUCCAGUGAAAGUGAUCCAAAUGAGUGUAAAGAUUGGAGAGCACGAUAUGCGCACAAAAACGAAACAGGUAUCGAAUUGGGUAGCACACGGAGCCGAGGUUCGAGUGGCUAUUAUUGGAUCACCCGAAACAAAGGAUGAACUUCUAGAAGCUGUUUUCGCUAACGUAGAAAAACAUCUUGAAGGCACGCCAAUGCGAAUUCUCCAAAAACGGAUUGUAGCAGGCACAAUGAAAUUCAGUAUAUUGGCCCCGAAGAAAAUACCUGAUAGUACCCACAAACAAAAGCGUGACAGUCAAAUUACUCCACAGGAUUGACAGCAUUGCAACCAG